UUUUCUUCCCUCUCUCCAUACUUUCUCGCACAGAAUUUUCCUCAGAUUCAGAUCCAAUCCUUCGUCUCUCUCUCUCUCUCUCUCUAUAACGCCAUUUUCAGAAUCGGAGAAAAAUGGCGACGGUCUCACCUCUGGCCAAAUACAAGCUGGUCUUCCUCGGCGAUCAAUCCGUUGGCAAAACCAGCAUCAUCACCCGCUUCAUGUACGACAAAUUCGACACCACCUAUCAGGCUACCAUCGGAAUUGAUUUUUUGUCAAAAACAAUGUACCUUGAAGAUCGGACAGUUCGUUUGCAGCUUUGGGAUACUGCAGGGCAAGAAAGGUUUAGGAGUCUUAUUCCAAGCUACAUCAGGGAUUCUUCUGUUGCAGUAAUUGUUUAUGACGUAGCUAAUAGGCAGUCAUUCCUGAAUACUAGUAAAUGGAUUGAAGAAGUACAUACAGAACGGGGUACUGAUGUUAUCAUUGUUCUUGUGGGGAACAAAACUGAUCUUGUUGAUAAAAGGCAAGUUUCUAUAGAGGAAGGAGACUCCAAGUCUCGUGAGUUUGGAGUUAUGUUUAUAGAGACCAGUGCAAAAGCAGGAUUCAAUAUCAAGCCUCUCUUCCGCAAAAUUGCUGCUGCUUUGCCAGGAAUGGAGACCCUUUCCUCCACGAAACAGGAAGACAUGGUUGAUGUAAACCUGAAGCCAACUGUCAAUUCGUCACAGACAGAGCAGCAAGGGGGAGGUUGUGCAUGCUAGGAUCAUACUUUGUUCAAGACAUAAAGAAUCAGUUAGGACAGUCGGAAAUUCAACCAAUACAAUGAUGAUUCUGAGAUCAGCCUGGCAGGAUAAAUUUACCAAGAGACCUAAACUCUGUUCCCACAUUCUAACGAUGAUAUAUUCCUCUGUGUUGUAUUUCCAUUCCAUUUGUUUUUAGAUGCAUUAUUCUUGAAACAUCAACAUUGUCCUCAUAAAUUCAUAUAACAUCGUGUAUUAAUGAUUCAUUGCGGAGAAUUUUCAUAGAAUAUACCAAGAUUUCAGAUAAA